CGAAAAAGCAAAAGUCUGUUGGGGCUGGGGUUUUCACUGGACGGUUUGAGUUUCAGGGUCCCCUUUUGAUCUCGUUUUAAUAUUUGGGAAACGUCCCAGAAUUUGUAGCCAUUGAUUUCCCAUAAACUGCAAACUCUAUUUUAAAAUUACUGAUAACUUCCUUUAUUCAUUUUUUUUAAAAUGACAAGCAUUAAACCAAGUGAACCGGGACCUGAUAUUAUUCCCGACAUCCUGUGUGAUGCUGCUGGCAAAAAGAGGUAUCAAAGAGGAAGAUUUCUCGGCAAGGGUGGUUUUGCCAAAUGCUAUGAGCUAACAGAUCUUGACAAUGGACAAGUGUUUGCUGGAAAAAUCGUCUCCAAACAACUUCUUGUCAAGCCUCACCAAAAAGAUAAAAUGGCUCAGGAAAUUUCUAUUCAUCGUAGUCUAAAACAUGAUCAUGUAGUAGGAUUUCACAGUUUCUUUGAAGAUAAUAACUUUGUAUAUAUAGUGUUGGAACUGUGCAAAAGAAGGAGUCUAAUGGAAUUGCACAAAAGAAGGAAAGCUGUUACUGAACCAGAAGCAAGAUAUUUCAUGCACCAACUUCUAUUGGGUGUAAAAUACCUUCAUGAAAACAAAAUGAUUCACAGGGAUCUCAAGCUUGGGAACUUGUUCCUGAAUGAUAACAUGGAACUUAAAAUUGGAGAUUUUGGUUUGGCAACAAAAUUAGAUUUUAGUGGAGAGAGAAAAAAAACACUGUGUGGCACUCCCAACUAUAUUGCUCCAGAGGUUCUCAACAAAAAAGGCCAUAGCUUUGAAGUUGACAUUUGGUCUAUGGGCUGCAUUUUGUAUACUUUACUUGUUGGUCGUCCACCUUUUGAGACGCAGUCUCUCAAAGAUACAUACAGUAAAAUCAAACGAAAUGAGUAUCAUAUUCCCUCUCGGAUCGGGCCUCUUGCCCGAGCUCUUAUAUCUCGAAUGUUACAGGGUGAUCCAGCCUGCAGACCUGCGGUCGAUAUUGUUUUGAAUGACGAAUUCAUGACGUGUGGUUAUAUGCCAACACGCUUGCCUUUAUCAUGCCUCACGAUGGCUCCGAGAUUCGAUGCCAAAUUGAAUAGCAGCAUUAUUGCUGUUCGUCGUCCACUGGGCGAAGUUAACAGAGUCCAUUUACCUGGAACUGCGGAGCAUCCACAAGGAGAUGGAUUGGCGCCUUCAAACGAACCCAACCAUGCUGAGAAUGCCGGAGCCCUCUACACGGCUGGACCUUCUCCUGAGAAACUAUUGCGUGAGCUUCAGCAACAGCUUACCCGCCUCUUCAGUGCAAAACCUGCGGAGAAGUUCCCUCUUAUGAUGGACGAGGCAGAGGAUCCGGGUUCAGUGCCUAUGGUAUGGAUUUCUAAAUGGGUAGAUUAUUCUGACAAAUACGGGUUCGGCUACCAACUCAGCGAUGAUACAAUUGGUGUCAUUUUCAAUGAUUUGACGAAACUUUUGCUGUUGGUUGACGCAAAGACCAUUCAGUACGUCGAACGCAAUGGAAAUGAGUUGUAUUACACUAUGGAUCAACAUCCACCUACCUUGGGUAAAAAGGUGAAACUGCUCGCUUAUUUCCGCUCUUACAUGCAAGAGCACUUAAUCAAGACUGGUGCAUCCGUUGUUCCACGUGACGGUGAUGAACAUCUUCGGUUGCCUUUCCUACGUCAGUGGUUCCGCACAUCUCGAGCUGUCGUCAUGCACCUAACGAGUGGAACGCUACAGAUUAAUUACUUUAAAGACCACGUUAAAUUGAUCCUCUGUCCACUCAUGGGAGCUGUGACAGUCAUCGACGAGAAGAAAAAUUUCCGUACCUUCAAAUUUUCUUUGCUGGCUGAACACGGUUGCAAUCCCGAUCUCUUAUACAGACUGCAAUACGCACACGAGAAACUGCCAUUUUUACUCUCACCAUUAGUAGAUACUCAGGAAAAAUAGAAAUUUAUCGCUGGCUAACAGUGAUCGUCUUUCGCUUAAUCAAAUUUGCCCCUCGCAGUCUUUUAAUUUAAUUUUUUUUUUUUAGAUGGCCAUUCUUGACUUAAUUACCAUUCAAUUAAGUUACGUGUCUCCUUCAAAUUUUAUAAUAAGUGUGAAAUUACUUAAUCCCAUUUAGGCUUUAAUCCACGAACUUAUCUUUUAUUAUGUCGCCCUUAAUUUCGAACUUGAAGUUAACAAGCAGUGUUACUACUUCAUCUCAUUUACGAAAUUUUGAUGUAUUUUGAUUUGUUCGUCUCAAGUACAUGCCUACCUCGGAUUGAAUAUGAAGUGUGAAAUUACAAUACCCUGAUGCCCCCUCUCUUGCCUUAAUCUUAACUUCUGUCUUCCUCUUGUACGUCUGGCAAUUCGCGAUUUAUAGAAUUACACUACAUCAUCACCCCUU